CUUGAGCCUUCCUGCACUGUAGGCUCAAACAGCUUCUUAAGGGAUGAAGAAUAAUUGAAAGGACCAGCCAGAACUGCUUUGCCAGGUACAUAUCUAGAAUGGAGCCUUUCAAGACGGUUUGGGGGAUCACCUUCCUCGCAGCUAGUUUUGGCUUCAUCAAGUCACAGAGAAUGGUCUGCAGGGAGGCCUCUGUGGGCGAUGUUGUGUUUCUAGUGGACACCAGCAUCAACAACCCUCGAUAUACCCAGGUCAUGCGGAACUUCUUGUACAUCAUGGUGAAUGGCUUCAAUGUCAGCAGAGAGACCAUCCGCGUGGGCCUGGCCCAGUACAGUGACGUGGCCCAUUCCGAGUUCCAACUUUCCACCUACCGCCACAAAGGCAAUGUGUUAAACCACAUUCGGAAGUUUCAAUUUAAACCUGGGGGCACUGGGCGCCACAAUAUGGGUCUGGCCCUGCAGUUCCUUCUAGAUCACCACUUCCAGGAAAUAGCGGGGAGCCGGGCAAGCCAGGGUGUGCCUCAGGUCGCUGUGGUGAUCAGUGGCAGCCCAGCUGAGGACCCUGUGCAGGAACCUGCUGAGGCAUUUAGGAGGGCAGGCAUCCUGCUUUAUGCAGUUGGUGUCAGAAAUGCAUCUUUGGCAGAGCUCAGGAAGAUUGCGAGUCGUCCUGUGGAGAAGUUUGCCUCCUUUGUUUCCAGCUUGUCUGGUCUGAGCGUUCUUGCCCAGAAGCUGCGGCAGGAGCUCUGUGAUACUUUGGCAAAAGCAGCUCAACCGGUUGACCAUGUCUCUCCAGCUUGCAGAGAAGCAGUCGUGGCAGAUAUUGUCUUUCUGGUAGACAGCUCAACCAGCAUCGGACCCCAGAAUUUCCAGAAAGUGAAGAACUUCCUUCGUUCUGUUGUCUUGGGGCUUGACAUCCGCAGUGACCAGGUCCGAGUGGGUCUUGCUCAGUAUAAUGACAACAUCUACCCAGCCUUUCAGCUGAACCAGUACCCUCUGAAAAGCGUGGUCCUGGAGCAUAUCCAGAACCUGCCCUACCGUACAGGAGGCACGAACACCGGGAGUGCCCUGGAGUUUAUCAGGACCAACUACUUGACGGAAGCAGCUGGCAGUCGGGCCAAAGACAGCGUUCCCCAGAUAGUUAUCCUAGUGACAGACGGGGAGUCAAAUGAUGAAGUCCAGGAGGCAGCUGACAGGUUGAAAGAAGAUGGAGUUGUUGUGUAUGUGGUAGGGAUUAAUGUCCAGGAUGUCCAGGAGUUGCAAAAAAUGGCCAGUGAGCCAUUUGAGAAAUUUCUCUUCAACAUUGAAAACUUCAACAUCCUGCAGGAUGUCUCAGGAGGCAUUCUUCAGACACUGUGCUCAGCAGUGGAGGGUAAGAUGAAAGUUCCAGGAUUCAUCCAGGCCCCUGCAGAUGUGGUCUUUCUUGCUGACACCUCACAGAACACAUCACGGGCCAGUUUCCAGUGGAUGCAGAAUUUCAUCUCCAGAGUGAUUGGCACGCUGGAUGUUGGCAGGGACAAGUACCAGGUUGGGCUGGCUCAGUAUGGUGGUCAAGGUCACACUGAAUUUUUGCUCAAUACCUACAAGACCCAGGAUGAGAUGCUUGCUCACAUCCAUAAACACUUUGUGUUCCGGGGUGGCUCUAGGAGGACAGGCAAAGCUCUGCGAUACCUUCAUCAGACCUUCUUCCAGGAGGCAACGGGAAGCCGGUUUCUCCAGGGCAUUCCCCAGUAUGCAGUGGUCAUUACCUCAGGCAAAUCUGAGGAUGAGGUCUUGGAUGCUGCACAGACAUUGAGGGAGAAAGGCGUGAAAGUCAUGACGGUGGGCGUACAGGACUUUGACAGAAGAGAACUGGAGGGGAUGGCGUCCCCACCUCUUGUAUAUGAGAUGCAAGGACACGAUGGAGUCAGACGGAUGAUGCAAGAUGUGAAUGUGGUGAUCCAAGGGAUUGGGAAGCCUGAGUUCAGGACUGAGCCUGAGAAUGAGGCUGUUGUAGCAUGUUCAGCUGUUAUUCCUGCCGACAUAGUGUUCCUCAUUGAAGAAUUUAGCAGAGUUAGGCAAUCUAAUUUCCAACAAGUUGUCAAUUUCUUGAAGACCACCAUCAGCUCUGUAAGCAUUCAUCCUGAUGUUGUGAGAAUUGGCUUGGUCUUUUACAGUGAGGAACCACGACUUGAGUUUUCACUGAAUACAUUUCAGAAUCCAGCCAAAAUCUUAGAGCAUUUGGACAAAUUAACCUAUCAGGAAAGAAGAGGAAGGACCAAGACUGGUGCUGCUUUGGAUUUCCUAAGGAAUGAGGUUUUCAUUCAGGAGAAGGGCAGCCGGUCCAAGCAAGGAGUGAAGCAGAUAGCCGUGGUCAUCACGGAAGGCUUCUCCCAAGACUCUGUAUCCAGACCGGCUUCUCUCCUCCGCAGGAUGGGGGUUACCAUCUAUGCAGUGGGUACCCAGCUUGCCUCAGAGAGUGGGGACCUGGCAAAGAUAGCUUCGUAUCCUCCUGGGAAGCAUGUCAUCCAUCUGGAAUCCUUUUUACAACUCUCCAUAGUGGGAAGCAAGAUUAAGAACCAGCUCUGCCCUGGGAUUGUGGGCAGCAGGGCUCCCAUUACUGGGAUAGGCUCUGCCCUACAAGAAGGCUGUGUGUACAUCGAGAAGGCAGAUAUUUACUUCCUUAUUGAUGGGUCUGGCAGCAUCACACAAGACGAUUUUCUUGAAAUGAAGAUGUUCAUGAACGAGGUGAUAAAGCUGUUCCAUGUUGGGCCCGACAGAGUGCAAUUUGGUGUCGUUCAGUACUCAGAUAGAAUUCAUAGUCAAUUUGUCCUCAGCCAGUAUCCCAGUGUGACAAGGCUAAAGGAAGCCAUUGAUGGCAUCCAGCAGACUGGAGGGGGUACCUUGACAGGUCAGGCCUUGAGUAACAUGGCUCAGGUCUUUGCAAACACUGCUCGCCGCAACGUGCCUUGGUAUCUCAUAAUCAUCACUGACGGUGAAUCUGCGGACCCCGUGGCUAAGGCUGCAGAGACACUGCGGGAAGAUGGCGUCAUCAUUUACGCUAUUGGAGUCAGAAACGCUAGCACUACUGAGCUUGAGGAGAUAGCUAAGGAUAAGACGUUUUUUGUGUACGAGUUUGAUUCCUUGAAGGCCAUCCAACAAGAAGUGGUACAAGACAUCUGCUCCUCAGAGACCUGUAAGAAUAGGAAAGCUGACAUUAUCUUCCUGAUAGAUGGUUCAGAAUCCAUCCACUCAAAAGACUUUGAAAAGAUGAAGGGAUUCAUGAUGAGCAUGGUGAAUAAAGCUAAUAUUGGUGCUGAUGAAAUUCAGAUUGGCCUUUUGCAGUUCAGCUCAACCCCCAAGGAAGAAUUCAGGCUCAACCAAUACUCUUUAAAGGUGGACAUUCACAGAGCCAUCUUGAAUGUUCAACAAAUGAAAGAUGGCACCCACACCGGGAAAGCCUUGAAUUUCACUCUGCCUUUUUUUGACAGUUCAAGAGGAGGGAGACCCAGGGUUCAUCAGUAUUUGAUUGUGAUUACAGAUGGGGUCUCCCACGACAAUGUAGCCAUACCAGCCAAGGCCCUCAGGGACAGAAACAUAAUUGUUUUUGCUGUUGGGGUGGGAGAAGCCCAACGCUCUCAGCUCUUGGAGAUUACUAAUGACGAGCACAGAGUGUACUAUGAAGAAAAUUUUGAGUCCCUGCAGAAUCUGGAGAAGGAAAUCCUUUAUAAGGUCUGCAUUCCACAAGGAUGCAACAUAGAUUUGUCUGUAGGAAUUGAUAUCUCCAUUCCCACAAGGCAAGUUCAUCAGAAGCUUCAAGGAUUACUGCCAGAGCUGAUGCAACAGUUGUCCUUGCUUUCUAACAUCAGCUGUAGCGUUCCUGGUCAGAGCAACAUAAUGUUUCGCUACCUGGUUCCUGGCUCAAAUGGUCAGGUUAUCUUUGACUCAGGCUUUGGGAAGUAUAGUGAUGAGACCAUUCAGAAGUUCUUGGUUCAUCAGGCUGCCCAGAGCAACCACAUGGACGUGGGUUUUUUGCAGUUCCUGGGCAACAACGCUAUCCGUUUCUCUUCUGCUAAAGUGAAGGUCCUUUUAGUGUUUACUGAUGGACUGGAUGAUGAUUUAGAGAGACUGAAGAAGACAUCUGAGCUUCUCCGAGGCAAAGGAUUCUCUGGACUCCUCAUUGUUGGCUUGGAAGGUGUGCAUAAAUUAGAAGAGCUUCAGGAGCUAGAAUUUGGCAGAGGAUUUGCAUAUAAUCAACCUCUGAGCAUCACACUGCAGUCCCUCCCAAGCAUCUUACUGAAGCAACUUGACACAGUUGUAGAAAGAACAUGCUGCAAUAUGUAUGCAAAGUGUUUUGGAGAAGAUGGGCACAGAGGUGAUCACGGGAGCCCCGGGAGGAAGGGGCAGAAGGGUUCUGGCGGAUUACCUGGUCAUCCUGGUGAAGAUGGUGGACAUGGAGAAAGAGGCCCCCAAGGUCCUCCUGGACUCCGAGGUGAGGAAGGAUGCCCGGGGAUGAGAGGACCUAAGGGAGAAAGAGGAUUUUCAGGAGAGAAGGGCAACUCUGGUGAGGAAGGUGUUGAUGGCUUGGAUGGAGAACAGGGUAAUCGUGGAAUCCCCGGGUCAUCUGGAGAAAAAGGAAACAGGGGAAAUCGGGGCUUGAUUGGACCACCUGGACAACCUGGAGAGCAUGGAGAGCCUGGGUUAAGGGGAGAUCCUGGGGAUUCCGGAAUUGAUAGUUAUAUCCAAGGCCUUAAGGGAGAAAAAGGAAGGCAUGGACCUCAGGGGCGUUCUGGUUUUGAUGGACUUCAUGGAGAAACCGGAAAUGUUGGCCGUCAGGGGUCAAGAGGAAGACGAGGUCUACCAGGAUUGAAGGGUGUGCGUGGAGAAUCUGGUGAACGAGGUUACCAAGGACAGCUUGGAUAUCCAGGCUCACAGGGACAGAGAGGAAGGCAAGGACCACCAGGAACUUUUGGACAAAAAGGCUUACAGGGUGCUCAGGGGAAUCCUGGGCCGCCAGGGUUACCUGGUUCAAGAGGAAAAACUGGACCAAUAGGAAUGAAGGGAGAUCAUGGUAAUGCAGGAGAAAAAGGCCCACGGGGCCAGCAAGGACCAAGAGGGCAACCUGGUAAUUUUGGUCCUGAUGGGUAUGGACAUCCAGGAAGAAAAGGAACAAAGGGCAGAUCUGGAUUUCCUGGCUAUCCCGGCACAAAAGGAGAAGAUGGUAACCCGGGCCAUCGAGGAGAGAAGGGGGCAAAGGGAAUCAGAGGGAAGAGGGGUAAUGCCGGCUUUCCUGGAUUUGUUGGAACUCCAGGUGACCGAGGCCCUCCAGGACCAAGGGGUAUCAAGGGCCCCACAGGCACGGUAGACAUGACGCCUUGUGAAAUUGUUGAUUUUAUGCGAGCAAACUGCCCUUGUUCAAGAGGUGUUUCCAGAUGCCCAGUAUUUCCAACCGAAGUGGUCUUUGCAUUGGACAUGUCAAAUGACGUCUCUUCGUUGGAUUUUGAGAGGAUGAGAGACAUUUUAUUAUCGCUGUUGAUGAAGAUGGAGAUAAGUGAGAGUAACUGCCCCACGGGUUCUCGAGUGGCCAUAAUUUCGUACAACCACCAAAUAGAUUACCUGAUUCGCUUCUCGGACUACAAAGGAAAGCCUGCACUCCUGCAAGCAGUCAGGAAAAUCCCCCUGGAAAGGUCAUCUGGCAGCAGGAACCUUGGGGAUGCCAUGAAAUAUGUGGCAAGACAUGUAUUUAAACGUGUGCGUUCGGGCCUUCUCCUGAGGAAAGUGGCUGUGUUCUUCCAGGCGGGCUGGACCCGUGAUGCAGAUUCCAUCAACACUGCCGCCCUGGAGCUCAGUGCGCUGGACAUCGUCCCUGUGGUCAUCACCUUUACAGAGGAGCACAACCUCCCAUAUGCCCUGUUGAUGGAUGGAACCGACAGAUUUCACCUAUUCGUCUGGGAGACUAGACUCCACCAGAAUGUGGAGUACAUGGCCCGCUGUACUCUCUGCUAUGACAGGUGCCGACCAGACCCAGAGUGCAGUUCGGGCAAGCCUGGUCCCCUGGCAGUAGAUGUGGACGUGGCGUUCGUGGUGGACAGCUCCCACAGCGUUGGCGCCGACCUGUACCGCGCUUCCUUGAGUAUAGUGGACGCCACGCUUGACCACAUGGAGAUUGCUGCACAGCCAAACGUGUCCCUCCGUGGGGCGCGGGCAGCCCUGGUGAUGCACACGACUCCAGGUUUCUGGCCGGGCACAGGACAAUCCCCUGUGCUCCAGGGUUUCCUCCUGACCUCCUAUGGCCACCGGACGCAGAUGCAGAGACACAUCCGCAGGGCCGCGGGCCGCCCCCUGCAGGGAGCCCCUGCCCUGGGCCACGCCCUGGAAUGGACACUAGAGAAGGUGCUCCUGUCAGCCCCGCUGCCCAGGAGGGCACGGGUUCUCUUCUCCAUCGUGGCCAGUGAGACCAGCAGCUGGGACCUGGAGAAGCUAAGGACUCUGUCCCUAGAGGCCAAGUGCAAGGGCAUCACUCUGUUUAUUCUGGCCGUGGGCAAGGGUGUGGGGACUCAUGAACUGGCUGAACUGGUCCAAGUGGCCAGCGCCCCCUCUGAGCAGCACCUGCUGCGCCUGGAAGGGAUCUCAGACCCAGAGAUAGCUUACGCCCUGGGCUUCACGCGGGCCUUCCUGAACCUCCUAAAAAGUGGAACAAACCAGUACCCACCCCCAGAGCUCAUUGAAGAAUGUGGGGGCCCAAACCGAGGGGACACUCUGCUGAAACCACUUAUGUUUAUCAAGAGGUUGCCCACGCUCCAGCAUGGCAUAUCUGGCUUUGCUGAUGACUCAGAAGAAUUUGAGGCAAUAGACAUUUUUCUAAAAAACAGAACAGCCACAAUGACAGCUGUAACUCAGCAAGAAGCACUUGAAAAUUAUGAAAAGAAUCAAUAUGCCACUGAAGAACAAGAAAAGCCUGCAAAGCAAAAAGAAAAGGGAAAAAAAAGAAAUUCAGGUCCUUGUUUUAUGGAUCCAAUGGGAGGCGAGUGCCAGGAUUACAUCCUGAAAUGGUACUAUAAUAAGGAGGAGCAGGCUUGCCAACAGUUCUGGUACGGCAGCUGUGGGGGCAAUGCCAAUCGGUUUGAAACCAAGGAAGAAUGUGAGCACUGGUGUGUCCCAACACCCCUAUAACGUCAGACAGAACCUCAAUACUGCUUCCUCUGUUUCAAUAGCUGAUGAAACCAAGAUUCCCUUUCCUGAGACAGUGCCACACAGCUCAUAAGUGGUGAAGCCCACUCUAGAAUCUCAGAGGUCGGAUUCCUGACCCCCAGAAUUUUUUCCUGCCUGUGACUGCUUGGGACAAAUGAUUUGUGAAUUGAAAAGAACUGCAUUUUAGUAGUUUAAAAAAGUAACUGAAACUUGCCUGAAAGUUGCUUAAAUGAUUUAGAACUGAAUGAAAAAGAAAUUUGAACUUGACCUAGAAAAUAACUAAGUUUUUUGUUUUAUUUUUUAUUUUUUUGCUUUUUUUUGUGUGGCUAUGUUUCAAAAGAAAAAUCAGUGUAAGCAAGUGAGUAAAACCUAAUUAGGAAGUGAGUUGAAAUGUGAUUUCUUUUUUUACCACAAGAACC